GCCGCAGCCGAGCGCCCGCCCGCCUGCCCGCAGCCGCACUAGUGCCCCGGCUUUAUUUGCCGCCCCAGCCAGCGCGCGUCCGAGUAGUGGUGGCUUACAUCCGAAUCGCCAAAUUGCCGGCCUUGCUCUCUUCCUCGCACCUCAGCCAUUUUGUACCCCCGCUCCGUCUUUCUUCAACAUGUCUUGGCAAAACUACGUGGAAAACCUGAUGGCCGACGGCAGCUGUCAGGACAGCGCCAUUGUUGGCUAUUUGGACGCCAAAUACGUUUGGGCAGCACAUGACGGUGGGACUUUCAACAGUAUCACGUCUCAAGAAAUUGACGUGCUGGUAGGCAAAGACAGAGAGACCUUUUACACCUGCGGUCUUACUCUGGGCUCAAAGAAGUGCUCGGUGCUCAGAGACAGCCUGCAGGAUGAGGGGGACUGGACCAUGGACAUGAGGACAAAGAGCCAAGGAGGAGAACCCACGUACAACAUUUCCGUGGGGCGAGCCGGACAAGUAUUGGUUAUAGUCAUGGGAAAGGAGGCGGUCCAUGGUGGAAAUCUUAACAAGAAAGCACAUGAUAUGGCGGAUUACCUGAGGAAGGUUGGAUAUUAAGCAACCUCACCAUCCAUCAACCACAUACUUCCAGGAUUAAAGGGCAAACAAUGUUUCUUUCAAUCCCCCUUUCCCUUCAAAUGAUGUGAUUCAUUCAUUUUUUUGUUUUUUCUCCACGCUACAGUAACGGCAUGAUCAUUGAAAUUGUUUAAAUGUUUCUAAACCAAAGGAGUGUACAAACAAACCACCACAAAGUGUCAUAAAAAUUGAAUUUGCCUUGUAUGCCAUCUGCUUCGCUAGUAGCUAAAUUGAAAGAAAAUGCCCCCUCCACGUUCAUCCGCAUGUCUGCAUUGUUGCAUGCUUUUCUUAUGGUUCUUCCGGCCCGUACUCCAAGCCAAAACAUCUCACCUGCCUCCAAUAAAAACAGUUACGGUGACAAAACCUUGUAUCUGUGUAUAAAUUUGCCACUCACUCCUUUUUUUAUUUUUUUGUAGGGUCAUUCCAUGUCUGGCCACUCAAGUGAUAUCGGUGAUGUCAAAUGAAAGAAUCCAAAUUUUGAGGCUCCUAGCUCCAACCGUUUUGGAGUUAUGGCCCAAAGUUUGGGUGCCACGCCCAAUUUUCCCAAUGUCCUAUUCUGAUCCCGUCUGUCAGAAUCGGCACUCCAAAAUAGCAUAGGUAUCGUUUUAAUUUCCUUUAACGGAGAUGGACGUCCAAUCCUUUGUGACAACAGUCCUGCUUCAAGUGGAUUAGACGGCGCCAAAAUAAACUGAGAUUAACUGCGAUUAAUCUCAUUCUUUAUAAUAAUGAAUUCAAAAGUAGUAGUCAGAACACUAAUUUUAAAUGUCUAUUAACGAAUAUUAAUCUACAUUAACAAAGAGUUCAUGCGCCAGCAGCAUACUUGAGAAUAAUUGCAAUUAAUCUGAAGCUCUAACCCUCAUGCUUCAAGUGGAUGAGACGUCAGUCGUCGUCACUGAGAGCCAAAGCGUUAAUGCAGGUCAAACCAAGAUUAAUCUCAUUUAGUAUAAUGAAUUCAAACGCAGCAAUCAUAUUAAUCUAUAUUAAGAGUCAACAGACAGUUAAAAUAAUUGAUUAAUCUCAAUCCCACAAUUAAUGCAGUGUCAAACAGAUUGAUUUCAAUUUAUCUCAUUUUGUAUAAUUCAAAACCAGUAGUCAGCAUAUUAAUCUAUAUUUAGUCAACAUGCCGUUAAAAUAAUUGCGAUUAAUCUCAAACCCUCGCGCUUCAAGUGGAUUAGACGUCUGUCGCCAUCACUGAGAGGCAGUGAGUUAAUGCGUUGGCAAAAUUGACUGAUUAAUUUCAUCUCAAUGUAUAAUUUCAAAAGUAGUAGUCGGCACAAUUGUGCUAAUGUCAUAUUAACGAAAUAUUAAUCUAUAUUACCAAAGAGUCAACGAGCAGUUAGAAUAAUUGAGAUUAAUAGGAAUUAAUCUUAAACCCUCCUGCUUCAAGUGGAUGAGACGUCUUAUCGCCGCCACUGAGCAGCGAUGAGUUAACGCGGCAUCAGAAUAAACUGAGAAUCUCAUUUGGUAUAAUAAGGAAUUCAAAAGCAGUAGUCAGCAUAUUAAUCUAUAUUAGAGUCAACACGCUGUUAAAAUAAUUGAGAUUAAUUACAAUUAAUCUUUUAGUCGUAGUCGGCACACAUUUUAAAUGUCACAUUAACGAAAUAUUAAUCUAUAUUGUCAAUGCGCCGUUAAAUUGCGAUUAAUCUCAAACCCUCCCGCAUUGCAUCAAGUGCAUUAGACCUCUAUUGCCGUCCUUGAGAGGCAAUGAAUUAAUGCGUUGUCAAAAUAAACUGAGAUUCAUUUAGAUUAAUCUCAUUUUGUAUAACGAUUUCAAAAGUAGUAGUCGCCACACUUAUUGUAUAACAAAAGAUUCAUCUAUAUUCAGAGUCAGCGCGCCGUUAGAAAAAUUGAGAUUAAUUGCAAUUAAUCUCAAACCCUCCCGCCUCAAGUGGAUUAGACGUCUAUUGCCGUCACUGAGAGACGAUCAAUUAAUGCACCAUCAAACUGUGAUUCAUUUCAUCUCAUUUUGUAUCAUAAUGAAUUCGAAAUCAGUAGUCAGCAUAUUUACAUUAAGAUUCAAUGCACUGUUAAAAUAAUUUAGAUUAAUCUCAAACGACCCCGCUUCAAGUGACGUUUAUCACAGUCACUGAGAGGCAAUUAGUUGAUGUGGCGUCAAAUUGACAAUUUCAAAAGAUGUCGGCGCACUUAUUUUAAAUGUCAUAUUGAUCUAUAUUAACAGCCAAUGUGCCGUUAAAAUAAUUGCGGUUAAUCUCAAACCCUCCCGCUUCAAAUGGAUUAGAAGUCUAUCGCAGUCACUGAGAGGCAAUGAGUUAAUUGAACAGAUUAAUUUCGAUUAAUCUCAUUUUGUCUAAUUUCAAAAGUAGUCGGCACAUGUUUUAAAUGUCCUAUUAAUGGAAUAUUAAUGUUAAGAGUCAACGCGCCAUUUAGAAUCCUUGAGAUUAAUUGCGAUUAAUCUCAAAUACUUUGGUUCAUGUGCAUUACACGUCUAUUGCCGUCACGGAGAGGCGAUCAGUAAAAUAACGAUUUAUUUCAAUUCAUCUCAUUUGUAGAUUAAUAUUUUGUUCGUAUGACAUUUAAGUGUGCUGAAUACUGCUUUUGAAUUAUUAGACAAAAUGAGAUUAAUUUCCAUCCAUCUCAUUCUGUAACAUGAAGUGUUUUUCAGCACACUUUUAUUUUAAAUUUACCGUCAUAUUCUAUGUUAUAAAUGUGCUGUCAUAUUAACCAAAUAUUCAUCUAUGGAUGAAACAACACAGAGUAAGUAAGUGUUGUGUUUACCCGCAUAUGAACCAUAAUUCUUACAUUUGACAUCAUAAAAAAAAAUCAAAAUAGACAAAUUGUGUGAUUACAAAAAAAAAAAAAAAAAGAUAGAAAUUUGACAUGAAAUGACCCUUUAUUUUUGUUAUGGAAACG